AUGGGUAGGCAAAAGAUCGAGAUGAAGAAAAUCGAGAGUGAGGAGGCACGCUCGGUGUGCUUCUCCAAGCGUCGUGCGGGCAUGUGCAAGAAGGCUGCUGAGCUCUCCAUUCUUUGCGGUGCCAUGGUCGCUAUUGUUGUCUUCUCCCCUUCUGGUAGGCCCUUCUCAUUUGGUAGUCCCUCUUUUAAGGCCGUGUACAAUCGCUUCCGUACCUUGAUCGACCCUGCUAUAAGUGGUGAGAGUUGUGAUGGUAGUAGCGAGGAGACAAACACUACACAUGAGCUUUUAGAGUACUCAGAGUUGGAACAAUCGAUUGAGGGUGAGAAGAAGAGAAAGAAGAGAUUAGAUGAGACAAUUAUUGAGCGAGAUAUUGAUGCGCGUGUGAUGGAUUUGUUGACUACGGAAGUCUACUCAUCAGGGCUUGAUGACCUGCAAGAAUUCCACAAGAAGCUUGUAGCAAUACAAGAUAUUGUCAAGGAAAAGAUCAAACAGGUGAUGCAAGAAGAAAGGCACCCAACACGACCAUAUCCACCUACGUUUAUCGAUUUGGUUUCAAAGUACAUGCUUGAUAUGCAAAUUGAUACACAUAUUUCUUCCACGACUCUGAAUUCUAACCACACAGCUGCUGAUGGGCUUGAUGUCAAUGGCCCCUCGACUAGCAGUGUCCAUGCCGUUGGUACCUCGGUGAACUAUCCCAGCAAUCAACUUGAUGGGUGA